AUUUUGGGACGAGGGGGACGACAUUGCGCCUUAUACAACUUGGAGGUUGCAUUGAUCGGGAUAUAUUCAAGGUAUUGCUUCUUUCUUUCCAUUUUUUUAUUUUACAGAUUUUAGGGUUUUUUUUUUCCAUUUUGAUUUAUGUGUUUAUUGAAGUUUUUUUGGUUGUUCAUGGAGCUUCAUUUUUUCUUUUUUUAUUGUGCUCUUUACUGAUUACCAUUUUAGUUUUUUUAGUUUUUAGUUGAUCUUCUUUUUUAAAAAAUGAUAAAAUCGAAGUGAAUAGUGUUUGUUGUUGUGUUAUUUUUUGAAAUUUUGAUUUUGAAAUUUUGUUGGUUUCUUUUUCAGUUUAAGCCGACAUUAUGGGUUAUUUUGAAAAUGGGUUUCUGUGUUUUGAUCAUUAUGAGCAUGUCCAGUGACUUUGAUCCUUUGGUAACCAGAGGGAACCUUCAAAUCUUUAACAAGCACUGCUUAUAAAAGCAAGUUAGAACCCAAACAUGUUUAUCAAACUCUGGUUAUGAGUGUAGUGUAUGAGUAUAGUGUAAUUUAGUGUUAUACUAAUUUACAUUAUUAAGAAUAAUAUUGCAUUAAUGUUGUGGUAUCUAUUCUCUUUCCUUAGACAUCUUUAAAAUUUGCCUUUUAUUUGGUGAAAUGAUUGAUGUUUUAAUAUUUGGUCAACAUUAUGAAGAUAAUGUUCUAAGCAACAGGGAAAGAAAAUGGCAUUAGUUAAAAUUGUCUUGCUUAAUGAAUCUUUCUUCAAAGAAUAAUAAUCUUUCUUCAAAAACCAGUUUCUCGAGAUUAAUUUGUGUUAUUUGUGCGUUCUGUGAUUUUAAAAAUUGUCAUUGGAAAACCUGUUUCUAUAUGAAGAUCACAGUUUCUAUAUCAGGUGUUGUUUGGGCUUAUCCUAUACCUAAUUUGGAAUCAGUUAAAAACCAGUUUCUGAGAUUACAGUUUCUAUAUUACUUAGAAUUGAUGCAGGUGUUGUUUGGGAUCCUCAGAUUUUUGGUUUGUGAGGUGUUUUAAUGUUCAGGUUUAGCACGUGAGAUUCAGGUUAAUCUCCUUCUUCCCUGUUGUUGGUUCUUGACCCUACUGAAUCUCACGUGCUUAACCCUACUGAAUGAUAUAAAAGGAGAAACUGGUUUCAAACAUCAAUGUAAUGCACAUAUUUGAUCAUACCUAUUUUGGAAAUAUGUCAAAAACCAGUUUUUACAGAUUGAUUUGUGUUAUUUGUGCGCUUUGUGAUUUUUGGUGUGUGGGUGGUUUUAAGGUUAAGGUUGAGGUGUGUUACUGUUAGUUUGUAUGAAACUGGUUUUCAUGUUAAUUAUCAUGACUGUUUUUGUUGUUUUGUGUCUAAUGUUUAUUUUGUGGUUUGUUUUUUAUCAGAUGAUAAAGUCUCAUCCAUUGUCAAAAGGUUGAGCCUUCUAAGAAGGCUAAAGGGCGACCGAAAAAAGAUUCACGCAAAGCUAAAGUAUGUUUUAUGUUUUGUAUUGAAACCGAUUUUUAUUAAUUGUAUAUGUUUUCUUUUUUGGUUAUUACUAAACUGGUUUUAAUUUUUUUUUUUUAUGAAACUGAUGUUGUGUUGUUUUAUUUAAGGUUGACCAUGUUGUGGAACCUUUGAAAGCUCCAGGAUUAAGAAGAUCUCCACUGAAAAAUAAAGUAUUUAUUAAAUUUCACUGAAUCCGGUUUCGAAUUUAUUUUAUGUUUCAUUGUGGUUUGGUAUUUUUAUUGUGUUUAAAUUUUCCAAGUAUUUGUUCCUUGAAAAUUGUUUUUUAUCCUUUAUAUGUUUGUUUUUGGAUUUUAAUAUGUUAUAUAAAACUGGUUUUUUUUUGGUUUGUUUGUGUUUCUUUUUAUUUGUUCUGUUCUGUUUUGUUUAUGUUUAUUUUGUUUAUUUUUUCAGGAUGAUAAUCAAGAGGCUAAAGCCGAUGUUGCUGAUCAUGUUUCUCAGAAACACCGUUCUAAAAAAGUUAGUAAGAAGAAUACGAAUGUCCUUCCAGCUGCGAGUGAUGAUGAUUUUCAAACUGAGAAAGUUGUGGCAAAACCUGUUUCAAGCAAAAAAAAGAAAAGUUGUUAUUGAUGACGCUAGUGCGUCAAAGAAAAGAAAAUCUAAGGAUAUGGGGGACCAUUCUAAUUUGGAUAAAUUUUGUGAACCUAGUGUUGCUGAUGAUCCGAAGCUUGUUAAUGUUGCCAAGAAAGUCAAGAAGAAACCGGUUUCCAAAUCGCUCGGCAAGAAGAAGAGCGAGGCUCCUUCUGUUGACAUUCCUUUGGUAAUUUUUAUUUUCUUAAGAAACCGGUUUUUCAAUUUGUUAUUUUGCAUGUUUCAGGUUUUCUAUUUACAGUUUUAUUUUGAAUAUGUUUUUUUAUAAUAUAUAUGUUUUUAUUUUCAGCUUUAGUUUUUAUCUUUGUGGUGGGUAACCAGUUUUUGAUUUUUUUUUCUUUGCGUAUUUUUAAUUUCGAUUUUUAUAUUGUUUUUUCUCUCACAGGAAUAUUAUUUUAAACCUCAACUCUACAAUCCUUAUAAUGUCAUUGAUGAUAUCAAUGAGAACCUGUCAAAUGAUCAGAAGGAGUUGUUUCGCAAGUCUCCAUUUGGGCAUUUUCUUGAUGUGAGCAACUUUAACUAUCAGAUAUAGCUGAUUCAUCUCGUUCUUUUGCGGCAGAUUCAUACCGAAAGAGAUGAUGUCGAGCUUUGGUUCAAACUGGGAGAUAAGGCUGUUCGUUUCGGAAUUGAAGAGUUUUCCAUAAUAAUCGGUUUGGAUUGUACUAAAUCCUAUGACGUUGAUCUCUUCAAAUCAAAGAAGUUGCUUGCUUACAAGGAGGGUAUUUUUUGCAUGCAUGGGCUUACUGAGAAGCUUACGCUGAAGGAAGUUGCUAGUGUUUUCUUCAGUGGUGCGUUGAAAGACGACGAAGAUUAUGUGAAGAUAGCCCUUGUAUACUUCUUCGCUGGUUAUUUGUAUGGUUAUCCCCAAGGGAAAAAGAUUGACAACUUCAUCUUUGCUAUGGUUAAUGGGGAUGAUUACAUUGAAGUUUUUAAUCGGUUUGGAUGGAGGAAAUUAUUGUGGGAAAAGACUUUUCAUCACUUGAAGAUUGCAUUAAAAGAUGGGAACAACACCUUUGAACAGCUUGCUAAGAAGAAGAUGAUUGAGAAGGGUUACAAGCUUAAAGGCUUUCCUAUUGCAUUUCUUAUUUGGCUGUACGAGAUUAUCCCGUCUUUGUCUCCUCGAUUUUGCAAUAGAAUCAGCAACAAGAUUCCUCGCGUUCUGAAUUGGGAGAAUAGCCCUACAACGGAGUUUAGUGAGUUGAUUCAGGGUGUGUUCAACAAUCCGAAGAUUGUUGUAAAGGAUUUUGUUGCUUCAAGUGGUGAAAAAUCUCAAAGGCUUUUUUCUAAAUUCAAGCUUGAUCCUAAAUAUGUUCCGAAGAGGAUUGGUGGCGCUGUGUCUUCUGAUGAAGUAAAUGAUGAGGUCAAGGUAUUAAAAACCAGUUUCUGUUUGUAUUUCUUUUGUGUAUGUUUAUCAUUAGUUAUGUUCAUGUUUUUUAUGUAUACUAUUCAGGUAUCUCAUGGAAAGUUGGACCAGAUUUGUGCUGAAAUUACUUCUAUCAAAGAGUGCCAACAACAAAUUAAGGAUGGUAUUUCCAGCUUGAGGAUUGAGUUUUUGGGUGAAUUUGCUAAAUUAGCAGAAAUUAUCAAUGGAUUGAAGAAGAAGGAGAAUGAUGGAAGUUCUAAGGACUCUGAAUUUUUUUCAUCCCCUAUAAGAGAGGUAACUAGUUUCUUUUGUUUAGUGUUUUUUGAUUAUAGGUUUGUUGUUUGUGGUUUUAUUAUAGUUUUUUUAUCAUUUUGUUGAAACUAGUUUCUGUAUUGAAUGUCUUUUUAUAUUAUUUUACAUAACUGUUUGAAACAAGUUUCUGUUUUGGGUUUGGUUGAGAUACGUUUUUUCUGUUUAUUGGCACUGGUUUCUGGGUGGGGUUUAGGUCUCUGUUUUGUGUUUUUUUUUUUUUUUUUGUAAGAAACCAG